CAUACCUUGAAGCCCAUGAAGCCCGAUGUGCAGCGUUGCAUAUGUCCCAGAAAACAAGUCGUCCCACAUGGAAACCGUAGCAAAGUGGUCCAAAACGUUUUGAGUCUUUGACUUUCUCUCAGGCUGCCCGGCCAGAACAGGUUCACACCAACUUUACCUGGAUUAAUAAUUAACAGCAGUCCCUUGAACAGACAGCAGGAUGUUUUACCAGAUGGCUGGACUGUCUCUUCAAUGUUCGCUCAGAACCAUACUUUUUUUCAUCGUCCAUCUUCUAUCACACUUUUGUACAGGUCACUCUCAGUUAAUUGGUUCUCCUCGGCCAAUAGUGGCAAAAGUUGGCGAUGACGUCAUCUUGCCAUGUCAUCUGCAGCCUGCAGUGGAUGUUGCUGCCAAGACUUUUGACUGGACAAGACCAGACCUGGACCCCAGAUUUGUUUAUGUGUGGCGUGCUGGUCAGGAACUUGUAAAUGAAAAAAAUCCUUUCUACAAAGAAAGAACAACUCUGUUCACUGAAGAACUGAAGCACGGAAACAUUUCACUGAAACUCUCCAAAGUGAAACCUUCUGAUGAGGGGAGAUACAAAUGUUACAUUCCAGAUAUGAACACAGACGCCUCCGUUGAGCUUGUUGUUGGGGCCGUCUCCUCACCUGUCAUCAGUUUAGCAGGGAUUGACAGACACAAAGGGGGAGUGGUGUUACAGUGUGAGUCUGCAGGCUGGUAUCCAGAGCCUGAGGUGUUUUGGCUGGACGGUGAGGGAAACCUCCUCUCUGCUGGACCUACAGAGACAGUCAGAGGUCCUGAUGACCUCUAUACUGUCAGCAGCAGAGUGACUGUGGAGAAGAGACACAGCAACAGCUUCACCUGUAGAGUCCAACAGAAGGACAUCAACCAGACCAGAGAGACACACAUCCAGGUUCCAGAUGAUUUCUUUGAGGUCCAGUCCAGUUUGUCCUCCAUCACAGUUGGAUUGGCUGUUUGUUUGGCUGCUUGCAUCGUGAUCAUUUUGUUACUUAUCUUUUCUGUGUGGAAAUGGAGACAGAACAGAAUCAAGAGCAAGAGAAGCCACAGGGAUGAAAUGGAUAAAGGAGAACAGAAGGAGCGCUUUAAAAGAAACAAACCUGAAGAUGAGCUCCACAUUGAAGCAGAAAGAGAGCAGCUCAUGACAAAUGAAACAGUGACAAUGAAGAGUGUGAAGAACAAAAAAGGGGAAAGAAAGACAAAACAUUUUAAGGAGCAGCAGCUGCAGGAGGAGCAGCAGAGGAGGGAAGAAGCUGAGAAAAGAGUUCAGACACUGAAAGAUGAGCUGGAGACCAAGAGGAAUGAGGUUGAAACCAAACAAGCUGAGCUGCAGCAGCUCCAAGAAGAGAAGCAGAGGAAGGAGAACGACCUGCAGACUGUGAAGGAAGAGCUGGAGAACAAGAACAAAGAGCUGGAGAGAAUUCAAACCAGCCGAGGCAGCAGUGUAUUUACUCGGCUCUGGGUUCAAAAUAAGGAAGCUGAGUUGGAGACACUGAAGUCAAAGCUGGAGACCCAGGAAAUGGAAUUAAAGACCAAAAUCAAAAAGUUUAAAGACAAACAAGCUGAAGUCCAGCAGCUCCAGGAUCAGAUUCAGAGAAUGGAGACCAUCCUGCAGACGGAGGAGGUUCAUUAUUCUACUGAACUAAAAGUAUCAGAGUAUCCAAAUAUUUAUAGAGAUAUUUGGUAUCAGUGUCGAUGCUCAGACAUUCAGCAACAUUCAUCAUCAAUAACUUUUCAUCAUCAUCAUCAUCAUCAUGUGUUGAACAUUCAGACCUUAAACCUGAAGGUGCUUUGUGGAGUUUUCUUGUGAUUAAACAGAAGUUAU